AAGUCACAAAGAGGAAGGAUAUUGUAACGUCAUGAAAGCAGAAAUUCCACCUACCCUGAAUGAUUAAAAUGUGCCGCAGCCUCAGCAAGCUCUGGGAUCCUCAGUUUCUCUGGGUGGCCGACAGCAACACACACUGGGGGAAGAUGAUGGACACCGAGCUGGCCCUGACCUACAGGCUGGUGCAGGAUUACCUGCAGUUCGUCCUGCAGACUUCUACCUCAGGAUCUGAGCCCAGCAAAACCUCCCAAGUCCUUCGCAGCCUGGCUUCCUCAGUCCAAGAAAAGGUGGAAGAGAAUAUGAAGGGCUACUUGGACAGCUUGCCCGUGGCCUCUCUGGAGGCCGCCAGAACUGUCUUUAACCAAGUAAUGGCAGGGGAAUUUGAGGAUGGGGUCAUAAACUGGGGACGAAUCGUGACCAUCUUUGCUUUCUCCGGGGUGCUCAUCAAGAAGCUGCCCCCAGGGCAGGUGGCCCGGAGCAUGGACAUUGAGCACAUUUCGUUCUUCGUGGCUGAGUUUAUCAUGAGCACUGCCGGGGACUGGAUGAAGCAGAACGGAGGCUGGGAAAAUGGCUUCUUGAAGAAAUUUGAAACAAAAUCGUGCUGGCUGACAUUUCUGGAAGUUACAGGGCAUCUCUUUGAGAUGUUUUCUCUUCUGAAGCAAUAUUACUGACCAUGAAGAUUAUCAGGAAGAUCACAGGAGUGUGGGCCACAGCUCCUGUAAAACCAGCACUCAGGGGCUGGGAAGGUGGCUCAGUGGUAGAGCGCUUGCCUUGCAUGCUUGAGGCCCUGGGUUCGAUUCCUCAG